AUGUCGACGACUAGCGCCUUUCAAAACAACGAUGCAACCAUAACCAAGAUCUUGACCGAAACCAAGACCAUUGCGCUCGUUGGAGCAUCACCAAAGCCGCACCGAGAUAGCCAUCAUGUUAUGGAGUUCCUACUGGACCAUGGAUACAAUGUGAUCCCCGUCAAUCCUGCGCAGGCAGGCAAACAAAUCCUGGGCCAAGACGUCGUUGGGAACCUGAAGGAUAUCCAGGAGCCGGUGGACAUGGUGGAUGUAUUUCGAAACAGCGAAGCAGCAGGCCCUAUUGUGGACGAAGCAAUAGAGAUUAAAGCAAAGAGUGUAUGGUUGCAAAUUGGAGUGAUCAAUGAGGAAGCAGCUGCUCGAGCCACAGAAGCCGGAUUAGACGUUGCCAUGAAUCUCUGCCCUUUCAGAGAAAUUCCUAGAUUAGGCAUCCCCCCAAAGGUUGAGAGUGAGCUUUAG